CCCAGUUGUUCGUCGGCCAGCGGCGCGGCUGGGCAUGCCACCCAGCUCGCCGAGCCGUCAUUCGCGCACCAUGCAACUGCCCGAGACGCCGCCGCCGCCACUCGCUCCCUUGUGGGAUCGAGUGCUGCGAGCCCAAGCGCUCCCCCCGGACUUGGACGUUGAGCUCCUCUACAUUGCCAUCCGUGAUCGCCUCACGCAUCCUGAAUGGGAAGUUCGACUCCAUGCACUUCGAGUACUCGCCGACUUGCUUCCUCUCUCAGGAAACGCCCUAUCAUUCCCAUUCGACCAAGUAGUAGACAACCUAGGUCACAAUUCACCAAACGUCCGGAAGGGCGCGCUAGACGCUCUCAAAGUUUUCUGCACGCAUUGUGAAGAUACAGAAUGCGCCGCCCGAGCUAUAUUAGAUAAAUGCUCGUAUCAGAACAUAAGGCCACAAUCUGCGAACAUUGACACAAAAGUGAACGUUAUAACUGGAUUAAUUUUGUCAAUACCUUCUGUUAUGAAUAUACUUAAAAGAAGGAAUCCCGCAUUAAACAUGUUACCGAUAUUUCAAAUUUUAGGAGACAAACUGUUCGACCCAAUACACAGAGAUGUUGCACAACGAGCUUUGUUAAAGCUUCGAAGAGUUUGCGGACCACGAGACUACAUGAUGUUGCUUUCACGGCUUGAUUUCAAAGUUCAAGAUAAAUUUCGGCAGCUGUGCGAAUUAUACGAUGAGGAUUCCAUGGACGUGUAUUAUGCACCUAGGAAAGCUUAUCGAGAUAACAAUCAAACUCUAUUAAAGAUUAAUCAUGUGUUUAAUACACCACUUACUCCUGUAAGGGUUUCAACUGACACUUCCUCUGAGGAAUCAUUCGCACACCUACCAUAUUACAGUAGUAACAAUAAUUAUGCUAAGGUGAUAAUAGAAACAGAAAUUAAAUUUGAUGCGGACACUGCAAUUACGAUGACAGUUUUAGAAGAAAAUGAAACGGGCUCGGAGAAAAAUACAGGGAGUGAAGAAGACUGUGAUAGUUCGGAUAGGAAUAUGCUUAAGUAUAGUGAUGGUGACUCUGAGGAUACUGAUGUUGUUGUUAAAAAAGUGCGAUUUGGUGGAGAGAGUAUUAAAAUAAGGACGCCAGACAGUGAAAAUCUGCUAUCUAGUGAAGACGACCAUAAUCAAAAUAAAUUGGUUCCGUUAAAAAAAGACAAUAUUAUAGAGAUGACGACGCAAAUAACGCCGGUAAUUGUAACUAAAAUGAACGAAAUUAAACGUAAAGCAUUAGUAAGCAAUGUUCAAGUAAAACCACUAAAAAAAAGUGGUAUACCACUGCCAGUUAUUCACAAUAAACCUCAAAAGCAAAAUUUCGUAACCGACGGAAAAAUGACGUUAAAAUCGAAAUCUUUAAGUGAGUUAUAUGACUACUUUAGGACUAAAAACGACAAUCAAGAAACUGUUCUAAGAGAAGGGUCUGGGUUUGCUUUAACUUUGUCAGAAGUGCGGUCGCCGGAAAAAGUUCCUAGUCCUGUAGAACCACACAGGGAAGUGGAGGUUCUACAUAAUUUGCAGAGAAGUCCAGCGGUAUCUCCCCGCCGGCAUCAAACACAUUUGCAGUUAGAACGUGAUGGGUUUGUUCUCAGUCUACUCACAUCAAGCCCAGUGGCGGAAACUGAUUUGCUGUCUCCACGAGUACCGUCUCCAUUGAGAGAACAUUACGAAUGGGAGGACUCGGGCAUAGUGCCCCAACAUGUCGCCAACCAACUGCAUAACACGGAGAAUUGGAUAUCAGCUGUGAAGGCAGCUGACCAGCUUCACAGCACGUUGUUAGAAACUGCCAACGUGCAGAAAGUGGAGUCAACCGCGUUAUCUCUCGUACAACACAUGUGGGCGCUCAGCGAAGCGGUAACAGCAGCUAGAGCACCGGCGGAAAGUGCGGUCUGCGCGCUGGUUCGUGGCACAAGCAACGACUGCGCGCGUCAACUGCUGCCUGCACUGGUGACCAGGAUGGGCCAAGAGCCGCUUCCUGCAGCGCUUCCACAUGCUCUCCUGCAGAGAAUUGCGCUGCAUCAUCUCGUAGACCUCAUCUUUGACCCUAAUAUGAUUGGUGUGACAGGCGAUGCAGAAGCAGUCCAAACCGCUCAGCUCCGUGCUACGCUGUGCUUGGCCCGAGCCGCCGGACCAGCCGCUGUUCUUUCCGCUGUUCGCAGGAGGCUCGCCGGCACCGCUAGAGCUGAUAUCUUUUGUAAUAAGUUACGCGAGCGAUUGAGCAGACCGAUUGAGAAUAUCAAACCAAGUCAUGUGAUCAGGAGUUCUCAACUACCAGUUCCAGUAAGACGUCGGGCUAGAUCCACGCCUCCGCCCGCCGCGCCAGCACUGCCCCGGAGACUGCGACCACUGCCUGACUCCGCGCCUCUGCCUGGUAUUUCGCAGCCCGGAAGAGACUUUCUUAUGAAGCCUGCACUGUCUCCAAUACCCUUAAGCGAUAGAGAAUCGAGCGCGUUUACAAGUUACGAAGAAAAGGAAAAUGGUAAGAAUGAUCAAUUGGAGGAUAAGAAAUCUGUUGAUAGUACCAUUGUUGGUGAUACAACAGUUAUCGAGGCAUCGACGUGUGAAAUAGAAGACGCUCAGUUACCCCCUCGUUCGCCGUCAAUUCACAUUGAAGAUUAUUCCGAAAAAUCAAAUCAUUCAUCACACAGUCGCCGGUCACGAGUAGAGACUGACGCUUAUAGUCGACAAUCAGUUGAUACAGAGAAUGCAAGAAGUCCAGAUAGAAUAUUCGGAUCACAGAAAUCUCUAAAUUCCCUCGGAUCCGGGUCGCGGCCGUACAGCAGAAAAUCUUCACCUGGUGCAUCAAAAAGUCGAAGCGCGUCUAGUAGUCGAACUCAAACUCCGGAUCCGUUAAGUGCAAAUUACCACGAAAAUGCAUCACCUAUUGAACGAGACGUACGCAAUGCAUUAGCAGAAUGUAUUGUACCAGCACGACAUGAAGACUGGCAAUUGAUAGUUAACAGUUUAAUAGAAACUGAACGGUUGGCCACGGACCCAUCCGCCCGCGCCCCUGCUGCCAGUUGGAGGGCCGUCGUUCGAUCAGCAGCAGCACAUGUGCGUUCGUUACGAUCGAGAGUAGCAAGAACGGCGUGCUCUACACUAGGUGCUCUAUUUGAGCAUCGCGGACGAGCCUUAGAUCCUGAGUUGGAAGAAGCAGCAACAGCUUUAUUAGAGCGGUGCGCAGAUGUAAAUAGGUUCCUAAGAGCUGAUGCAGCGUCAGCACUGGUCCGUUUAGCACGUGGAAGUAAUAGUGCCCGAGCUGCAGUGGCGUUAGCGCGGCGUGGUUCCACACACCGCGCUGGGCCAGUAAGAGCGGCGGCUGCUCAAGCACUAGCUCGUCUAGUGCAGCACAACGGGGCUUCUAGAACACUCGAUAUGCCUCCCGAACCAAGGACUGUGCUGCUGAGAGCUGUCGGUGAAUUACUUGGUGAUGCUAACGCCGAGACGCGUUUACAUGCCCGGCACCUUUGCCUGGCACUGUCCACUGAUUUAAGGUUCCGGCUAUUGUUGAAAGACUCUAUUCUGCCGUCAAGGUAUCGCGCUAUAGAAAAAUUAGUCGAAAAAUUACGAUGACCACGAUAAAGUGUCUAUUAAAACAGAGAAGUUGAAAUGCUUGUUUACAUAAAUCGUAUAAGUAUUUACGCUAAUGUAAGUUUAAAUACUGGAUUGAAGCUGUAGUUUUGGAAUUACAUUAGAUGUUUUAAUAGACUGCGUAAAGAAUGCUACCAUUGUAUGGCUGACAAUUUCAAUUAUGAUUCUAUUGAAAAGAAUCAUUGUCUUUUGACUGAAUUGUGCGAAAGGUAUUUUUGUAGUAAAAUAUAAGUAGUACUUCUAUAAAUUCUUAUAUACAAUUAUGUACUUGCGAAAUGGAAUUGUUAUCCUCCGAUGGAGUGAAAUUUAAUAUACUUAUUGUUAACUGCAUGUACAAUUUAUAAAUUUUUAAUAGUAGGAACUCAUUAAAUAUAGAAUAAUGAA